GUUUACUGAUUGUACGCAUAGUGAAAAGUUGUAAAUAUUUAAAACAAUCGCAAAUUUUAAGAGGAACAAUUUGCAGUAAAAUAGCUUAAAAUAGUAAAAUAACGGAUAUGAAUUUAAAUUUUAUGCUCACGGAGAUUUCACUCCAGUUGUUGGGAAACAAGUUCUACGACACCAACGGCCGGGAAACCGACAAUAUGAAGGAUUUGUUUUCGACCCAAAAUCGAACAAUUGCGAACACCAAUGGUCAACAGCGACGCGGACCGAAAGCGAAAGGGAACCUGCUGCAGAUGUUGGGCGUUCCUGGGUUGGAUAAUGCGAUCAAAAACAGCAACGAUUAUAUCGAACGGCAGUAUCAAGGCUUUAUCGAUAAUCAGCAGGCCCGGUUGGAGUCUUUACCCGAGUCGGAGGAAUUUGCCCCGCUCAAUCCGGCACACGUUCAGGCCGAUUUGUGUGAGGUGCGGAUCAAAACGCGGCAGGAAUUUGUUAGGAUGCUCACCCAUUCGAAGAAGAUGAAGGACUUGUACCUGGAUACGUUAGCAGUAGAUGCCGAUCGAGACUGGGAAUCCUCGAAGUACAAUGAAGAGGAAAGGACCCUACUUAUCGGCGAAUAUAACAGACUGCUGUACUUCCUGAAGCACAUUUUGGCCAACGUGGAGAAUCGAGCGGAGUACGAACAAAUCAUUGAAGUCAUCAAAGGCGCAAAGGAAACUCUACAUCUUCUCUAGAAACUGGUAGAACUAAUACAGGAUUUUCUAGACCACACUAGACUGGAAUUACAAGAUUUGUUAAGGUAUAUAACUAUAACGGCUUGUGCUUCGUCGCUUAGGAAUAAGAUUAGUGAAUAUUAUUUUUAAUUAUUUGAACAUACAAUUUGGGUAAUAUUUACUCUGGUGUAUGAUUGAGAACACGAUAUAAAUUUAACGCA